AUGGGGCCAGAGCCGCAAACGCUGCCGCCUUCCCCCAACUGGUACUGCACCCGCAGCAGCGAUGCAGUGCCGGGGGGCCUCUUCGGCUUCGCGGCGCGGACCUCUGUCUUUCUUGUCUGCGUGGGCCCAGGCGCGGGCGCGAUCCCUGGGAUGCCCCCGUUUCGAGUCGUAGGAGAGCUGGUGGGACACACUGAGAGGGUCUCUGGCUUCACGUUUUCCCAUCACCCCGGUCAGUACAAUCUCUGUGCCACCAGCUCGGAUGACGGGACUGUGAAAAUAUGGGAUGUGGAGACAAAAACAGUUGUGACAGAACACGCACUCCAUCAGCAUACAAUAUCAGCAUUGCAUUGGUCUCCUCAAGUAAAAGACUUAAUUGUAUCAGGAGAUGAAAAAGGAGUCGUUUUCUGCUAUUGGAUUAACAGAAAUGACAGCCAGCGUCUCUUCAUAGAACCCAGGACAAUUUUCUGUCUUACUUGUUCACCUCAUCAUGAGGACUUAGUUGCCAUUGGCUACAAGGAUGGCAUGGUGGUUAUAAUUGACAUCAGUAAGAAAGGAGAAGUUAUUCACAGGCUUCGAGGCCACGAUGAUGAAAUCCACUCCAUAGCCUGGUGUCCCCUGCCUGGUGAAGAUUGUUUAUCCAUAAAUCAAGAAGAAAACUCAGAAGAACCUGAAAUUACCAAUGGGAAAGUUACGACACAAACUCCAGAGGCAAAAGGCUGCUACUUAGCCACUGGAAGCAAAGAUCAGACCAUUCGAAUCUGGAGCUGUGCCAGGGGCCGAGGAGUGGUGCUUUUGAAAAUCCCUUUUCUGAAGAGAAGAGGAGGGGGUGUGGACCCGACAGUUAAAGAGCGCCUUUGGUUGACCCUGUAUUGGCCCAAGAAUCAGCCGACACAGCUGGUGUCCAGUUGCUUUGGAGGUGAACUGCUGCUGUGGGAUCUCACCCAGUCUUGGAGACGGAAAUAUACCCUCUUUAGCGCUUCAGAAGGGCAGAAUCAUUCCAGAAUCGUCUUUAAUUUAUGUCCUUUGCAAACUGAGGACGACAAGCACCUGCUUCUGUCCACAUCAAUGGAUAGAGAUGUAAAAUGCUGGGACAUGACCACGCUGGAGUGCUGCUGGACCCUGCCGUCCCUUGGGGGGUUUGCAUACAGCCUGGCCUUCUCUCCUGAGGACACAGGCUAUUUGGCUAUAGGUGUUGGGGACGGCAUGAUCCGGGUGUGGAACACAUCAUCCAAAAAGAACAACUAUGACGUGAAAAAUUUUUGGCAAGGUGUCAAGUCCAAGGUUACGGCGCUAUGCUGGCACCCAAAGAAAGAACAUUGCUUAGCUUUCGGAACUGAUGACGGAAAAGUAGGAUUGUACGACACCUACUCCAACAAACCUCCACAGAUUUCUAGCACAUAUCAUAAGAAGACUGUGUACACGCUAGCUUGGGGGCCCCCAGUACCUCCCAUGUCACUCGGAGGAGAAGGAGACAGGCCUUCCUUCACUUUAUACAGCUGUGGAGGGGAAGGGAUUGUCUUCCAGCAUAAUCCUUGGAAGUUCGGUGGAGAGGCCUUUGACAUCAACAAACUCAUCCGGGACACCAAUGCAAUCAAGAACAAACUGCCUGUACACACAGAGAUCAGCUGGAAAGCAGAUGGCAAAUUCAUGGCUCUUGGCAAUGAAGAUGGCUCAAUAGAGAUAUUUCAGGGCCCCAAGCUGAAACUGAUGUGCUCCAUCCAGCAACAUCACAAGCUCCUGAACACCAUGAGCUGGCAUCACGAGCACGGCAGCCAGCCAGAGCUGAGCUACCUCCUGGCCUCCGGCUCCAACAAUGCAGUCAUCUAUGUGCACAAUCUGAAAACCGUGCUAGAAGCCAAGCCUGAGUCUCCAGUGACCAUUACAGAGCCCUUCCUCACCCUCUCGGGACACACAGCCAAGAUCACCUGUCUGGCAUGGAGCCCGCACCACGAUGGGAUACUCGUGUCUGCCUCCUACGAUGGGACUGCCCAGGUAUGGGAUACCCUCCGUGAACAGCCUCUGCACAAUUUCCGUGGACACCGGGGCCGGCUGCUUUGUGUGGUAUGGUCCCCACUGGACCCAGAGUGCAUCUACUCGGGGGCAGAUGACUUCUGUGUGUAUAGAUGGCUGCCUUCCACCCAGGCUCACUCCCGGCCUCCUCAAGGCAAAAAAAGUAUUGAAUUAGAGAAAAAACGGCUCUCUCAACCUAAGCCAAAGCCCAAAAAGAAGAAAAAGCCCACCUCGCAAAUGCCUGUAAAGCAAGAGUCAUUUGAGGGGAAUGAAGAAGAGAGCACAAAGGAGAACACAGCGCCUGUGGAGAACGGGCUGUCAGACCAGGAGGGUGAAGAGGAGGAGGAGGAGGCGCCCCGCGCCCUCACCCCCACAGUUCCUAGAGAACCAGUUCUCUGCACUCCAAUUUCAUCAAGCUGUGAAAAAUCAAAAGCUACUAUUAAUAAUAAAAUUGCUGUACUGAAAAAGGAGCCACCUAAAGAAAAGCCAGAAGCCCUAAUGAAGAGGAGGAAAGCGCGCUCCAUGCUCCCCCUGAGUACCAGCCUGGACCACAGGUCCAAGGAGGAGCUUCAUCAUGACUGCCUGGUGCUGGCCACUGCGAAGCACUCCAAAGAGUUAAGUGAGGACGUGUCUGCAGAUCUUGAAGAAAGAUUUCAUCUGGGGCUUUUCUCGGACAGGGACACCCUGUACAGAAUGAUCGAAACUGAAGGAAAAGGUCAUCUGGAAAACGGUCACCCGGAGUUGUUUCACCAGCUCAUGCUUUGGAAAGGAGAUCUACAGGGGGUUCUCCAGACUGCAGCAGAAAGAGGGGAGCUGACAGACAACCUCGUGGCCAUGGCACCAGUGGCUGGUUACCACGUGUGGCUGUGGGCUGUGGAAGCCUUCGCCAAACAGCUGUGUUUCCAGGAUCAAUAUGUCAAGGCUGCCUCUCAUCUGCUUUCCAUCCAUAAAGUGUAUGAAGCUGUGGAGCUGCUAAAGUCAAACCAUUUCUACAGAGAAGCUAUCGCAGUUGCCAAGGCCCGGCUGCGCCCCGAGGACCCAGUGCUGAAGGAGCUGUACCUCGGCUGGGGCACCACGCUGGAGAGAGACGGCCAUUACGCUGUGGCAGCCAAAUGCUAUUUAGGGGCCACUUCUCCUUAUGAUGCAGCCAAAGUUUUGGCCAAAAAGGGGGAUGCAGCGUCACUCAGAACAGCUGCGGAGUUAGCUGCAAUCGCAGGAGAGAAUGAGUUGGCUGCUUCUCUGGCGCUCAGAUGUGCCCAGGAGCUGCUUCUGGUGAAGAACUGGGUGGGAGCCCAGGAAGCCUUGCAGCUGCACGGAAGUCUCCAGGGUCAGAGACUGGUGUUUUGCCUCCUUGAGCUCCUGUGCUGGCAUCUGGAGGAAAAGCAGCUUCCAGAAGCCAGAAGCUCCUCCUCCUCUUACCACACCUGGGCCACGGACACCAAAGAGCCCUUCCUGCAGCGAGUGACAUCAGCGUGGAAGAGCGUCUUCAGCCUGGACAGCCCAGCGCAGUGUCGGGCAGCCUUGCAGAGACUGCAGGACAUUAAGUACCCAUCCUCUACAAGCAACACUCCCUACAGACAGCUCCUGCUGCACAUUUGUCAUGACCUGACCUUGGCAGUGCUGAGCCAACAGACAGCGACCUGGGAAGAGGCGGUACAGGCACUGCUUCGGGCUGUGCUCCGGAGCUAUGAUUCAGGGAACUUCACCAUCAUGCAGGAAGUGUGCUCGGCCUUUCUCCCUGAUGGCUGUGACCACCUAAGUGACAAACUGGGUGACCGUCAGUCCUCAGCCACACCAGCUCUCAGGAGCUUGGAGGCCUUUUUCACGUACGGGCAUCUGUAUGAGAUCUGGUGGUCUCUCUCCAGGCCUUGUCCUGAGGCCAGUGUCUGGGUCAGGGCUGACCACGGGAAGACACUGUCCACUGAGCAGAGCCAGCAGGUGGACAGAGCCAGUGCUGAGGACACUGGCUCCCAAGCUGCUUGCCAGCCAGAGCCAGGCAACCCCCCAGAACUCAGCUUGAGACUCUCAGGGGAGAGUGCACGCGUGCUGAGCGCUUGCCGGGAGCUCUUCUCAGAGCAGCACGCCAGCCUUCAGAAUGCACGGAGGACUGUGGCUCAAGUCCAAGAAACUCUGGCAGAAAUGAUCCACCAGCACCGGAAGAGUCUGCUCUGUAAAUCCAUAGCCAGUGGUCCUGAUAAGAACGAACCUGAACAAGAAACAGAGCUGUCCCUUGCCGGUCCUCAGAGCCAGUGUAAAGAAGAAGAAAAUGAGCCGGUUUCUCUGCCUGAAUUAACCAGAAGGCUUACAGAGGCAAAUCAGAGAAUAGCUACGUUUCCCGAAAGUAUCAAGACCUGGCCCUUCCCAGAUGUGCUGGAAUGCUGCCUCGUCCUGCUUCACAUCAGCUCCCAGUGUCCUGGUUGUGUACCCCAAGAACUGCAGCAACAGGCCCAAGAGCUCCUUAGAAAAUACGCCUGUACUACAGCUUACAAAAGACACUCCCGGACCUUCUGCACGUGAACCCUCAAGGACCUUACAGAAACUGCCACAGAACGACUGACUCUUUCACCUCUGCAGUUAUACCUCACCAGACCAACAUAUGAGGGAUGAGCUUGAAUCCGCUCUAUCCAUAGACAAAGCACACCCUGACUGGCCUCAACUGUGGUUUGCUGAAGGAAAAGAUCUGAAGGAAAGAUCACAAAAAGCCAACAGUUGUUACUCACAGUCAACCCCUGCAGAGUGAUUGUGGUCAUCUCAGAGCCUUAUGCGGGUUUCAUCCAAAGACAAGAAACUUUUGUAAUCACCCAAAGUAUUGUUCUUGAACACAAGCUACCUUUAUAACUACUUCCUCUGAUCACAAAUAGCUCAUUCUUGUUGGAGAUAAAAUUGCCACAUUCUGUGACUAUUGGUAUAGUUUAUUUUGGUUUUUUUCUGUUAACCCAAGCUCUUCCACCUCUACUCUUUGAAAAAGUUUGAAAUGUGAAGUAGGCCUUACCCAUCAUGUUGAUUCUGUGCUCUGUCUCAGCUUUGGGUUAAAACUUUGGUUUUACUGUUUCAUGGAAUUACUUAUUUGGAUAAAUCACUAAAGCUUGGAAGAACAGAUGACUAACUCAAAUGUGUGUUACCCCUUCAGUUUUAUAACAGGUAACAGAUGCAAUGAAAUAGCUCAGGAAGAAGUCACUGUUUCGGUGGCUCUUGACUUUUUUGGCGGAUGGGGGGGUGUCAGAGAACUUUUUUCGGAAGUGUAUUAAAGCCACAGCUACCCCCACCCA